AAAGCAAUGUGAGCUUCAACCAGCACCACCACACCCCAAAGGGUAAGGGUAAAAGGUAAGCCUUGGGCAGUGCUGCUUUAGCAAAAAAUCUUGAAUACUUUCCUAAGAGUAGAAGAGAUAUGAAUCUGACACAAAGAAGAGUCCCUCAAGUAUUUGGACUUGGAAGAAGCAGCAGCAUCAGGUCCUUCAAGUCCAUCGAUUCCUCCUCUAUUACCCACGGCAUCCACGUUUUCCAAUGCCCUGACGCUGUUGGUAUUGUUGCGAAGCUAUCAGAUUGUAUCGCUUCCAGAGGUGGAAACAUUCUCAGUGCUGAUGUUUUCGUCCCUGAAAACAAGAAUGUCUUCUAUUCUAGAAGUGAGUUUGUUUUUGACCCUGUUAAAUGGCCACGGUUGCAAAUGGAUGAGGACUUUCUCAGGAUUUCAAAAAUGUUUGAUGCAACAAGGUCCGUUGUCCGGGUGCCUAAGCUAGACCCCAAAUUCAAGAUUGCUGUUCUUGCUUCAAAGCAGGAACACUGCCUGAUUGAUUUGUUACACUCAUGGCAAGAUGGAAGACUUCCGGUUGAUAUAACUCGUGUAAUCAGUAAUCAUGAUAGAUUCCCAAACACGCAUGUGGUUCGAUUUCUUGAAAGGAAUAGUAUUCCUUAUCAUUAUUUGGGCACCAGCAAAGAGAAUAACAGAGAAGACGAGAUCUUGGAUUUGGUUCAGAAUACUGAUUUUUUAGUUCUUGCCAGGUAUAUGCAGUUAUUAUCUGGUAAGUUUUUGCAGAGAUAUAGGAAAGAUAUAAUUAACAUUCACCAUGGCCUUUUGCCAUCAUUUAAGGGUGGGCAUCCAUCAAAGCAGGCAUUUGAUGCGGGUGUGAAAUUAAUUGGUGCAACAAGUCACUUUGUUACUGAAGAGCUUGAUGCAGGGCCUAUCAUUGAGCAGAUGGUUGAGAGGGUUUCCCAUAGAGAUAAUAUACAAAGUUUUGUGCAGAAAUCAGAGAACCUUGAGAAACAAUGCCUUGCGAAAGCUAUAAAAUCAUACUGCGAAUUGCGUGUUUUGCCUAAUGAGGAAAACAGAACUGUUGUAUUCUGAGGUGAAGACAAUGGAGAGAAAGCUGUUGACAGUGAUUACAAUCUGUAUGUAUGUCAAGUUAUUCAUUUAAAUUUUCUAAUUAAAAUAUUGACAACACGUAGAAAUGAUGAUUACGUACACUUCAAACUCAAAAGUCACCUAGUGAAAUUCAAGCCUUCUCUUUCGAUUUGACUUGCUGAGAUCAUCAGACAAGACUGGAUUAUUUUUUUUGCCCACCUAAAGUAGGUUUAUCUUUAGUUUCUCACCAGGUAUCUAUGUGAAUAGAACUACUAAACCACUAUUUUAUUUUUGUGUUUUGCUGCUUCUGAGGAUGUCUCAGUCUCCUCUUGUACAUUCUUCCUCCUUCGAUAGUAAAGUCUCUCUUUCCUGAUAAAAAAAAAACUCUUAUUUGUUCCUUUACAGUGUAUGCAAGCUAGCUCCUCAGAAUUCAGCCUCUUGGUUAACACGGACGGGAUGAUUAAUAGGCACAUGUUUAUUCAUGGGUGUUUCAAUUGAAACUGAAAUGCGUUAUACAACUACGUUUCAAUUGAAACUGAAUUGCAUUAGAUAACUACAGGGGCUGUUAUAUCUUGAUUGUUACUUUUGUAGUAUGCUAAAUUUUGAUACCUGGGACUUGUCUGAAAUUAAAAGGAAAAAAGGAAAGAAACUUCUUUGUUUUUUGUCACACAGGUACAUGGUUAACUUCCACUUAAUUCACUGUAAGAAUGAAGAUUGUAGAAGAUUUCUCAACUCUGUCAGCUCUACCUUCUUGACAAUCCUAGACGCAACCUGACAGAAACUACGCUGCCCAACUUUCACAUACUUGCCUAAGUUCGUGCACACAGACAUGGAAAAUUGGUUAUGAUGUUACAGGACCCUUGAAAGGACAGCUGUCUCUUCUGAUUUCAUAAAUUGGGGACUGCACAGGGGAAUCGUGUAUGCAUUUCUUAUAUUGCAUAGGUAAAUUGUACAUAAGAGGGAUUUUCAUUUGUAAUAUCACUAGUAUACCAUUGUCAUACUCUAAGAUCAUUAAACCAAACUUUCAUCUGUCCUGUAUUCUUGGAGCAAUAUACAAACAUGGAUCAUACUAUGCGCCAUCGUUUAUGCUUAAGCAUUUCAGUGAGCGGUCAGUUACUUCCACAUAA